AUGGGGAAAGGCACGGAUAAGCUCUACAUCACACAUUCAGAAUGGGCCUCGGACGACGCAUACUCCGCCAGCGCGGGCGCUGGGGUCGGCAAAGCUAGACGCGGUGUCGGCGACGCAUCCUUCAAGCGCCUCCCCUUCAAAUUCUGCUCCCUGUCUCUUCAACCCUUCGAGCACCCCGUCUGCACGCAAUCCGGCACGAUCUUCGACCUGACCAAUAUUCUCCCUUGGAUCAAAAAGCACGGCACAAACCCUGUCGAUGGGACGCCGCUCAAGGGCUCCGAUCUGAUCAAAUUGACGAUCGCGAAGAACGAUACCGGCGAGUACAUCGACCCGGUCACGUAUAAGGUUCUCACGGAUAACACGCAUGUUGUUGCGCUGCGGAAUACCGGGAAUGUCUUUGCGUGGGAUACGGUUGAGCGCUUGAAUAUUAAGGGGAAGAUGUGGAGGGACCUCGUUACGGAUGAGGAGUUUACGCGCAAGGAUAUUAUUACGCUGCAGGAUCCGCAGAAUAUCGAGUCGAGGGAUCUGAGUCAGUUCAACUACAUCAAGGAGGGGGAGAGCGGAUUGUCGGAUGAACAGAUCAGGGAGAGAGAGGAUCCCUCGAGGAACGUCAAUGUCAAUGCGCUGGGAAGUUCAGCAAAGAUUCUCAAGGCGAGAGAGGCGGUUGCUAAGGCGCGGCAAGAGAGAGCUCAGAAGACGGGGAAUGCGGCUGCUACUGCAGUGACUAAGACCGAGGCGCCGGCAAAAUCGUUGCAGAAGACCUCGUCUUACCAAGCUGGCAAACCUGUGCCGUAUAAUGCGGCGCGAUAUACGACUGGCUUGGCCGCUGCGUCUUUUACCAGUACGGGAAUGACACCUCAUACGUCGGCUGAACUUGCGUUGCUGUCGGAUGAGGACUACAUGCUGAAGAGAGGUCGGGUAAAGCAGAAGGGAUACGCUCGGAUCUCGACCACCUCCGGCGACAUCAACUUGGAACUACACACGGAAUAUGCGCCUAAGGCCGUCUGGAACUUCAUCAAACUCGCAAAGAAGGGCUACUACAAGGACGUAACUUUCCAUCGCAAUAUCAAAGGCUUCAUGAUCCAGGGAGGUGAUCCCACAGGUACCGGUCGCGGCGGCGAGAGUAUCUGGGGCAAAUACUUCAACGAUGAGUUUGAGGGCCCGCUGAAGCAUGAUUCGAGGGGUACACUCAGCAUGGCCAACAAGGGGAAGAACACGAACAGCAGUCAGUUCUUCAUCGCCUACCGCGCCCUUCCUCACCUUAACCUCAAGCACACAAUCUUCGGCAACGUAAUCGACGACCCAACCCCCUCUGCACCAACCCUCAACAAGCUCGAAACCCACCCCGUCAACCCAACAACUAACAAGCCGACCCCCGACGUCCGCAUAAUCGACGUCACUGUCUUCGUCGACCCCUUCGAAGAAUUCCUCAAGCAGAAGAAACAGUCCGAACAAUCCACCGAAAACGGCCAAAGCAAGACCGCCGAAGAUGACGAGCAAGCUGCUAAGCGCGCUGAAGAUGACCAGGUCACUUGGACCGGCAAGAGAAUCCGGGGACCCGGUGCGAGCAGGGAAGAGGAAACUUCUGCGGGAGUUGGCAAGUAUCUGAAAGCGGCGCUAUCUGAGAGAGCUGCGCAGGAUGAGGAUGAAAUUGUGGAGUUUGUGGAUGAGGAGCCGGUUCCUGAGCCGGCGAGGAAGAAGUUCAAGGGGGGCGGUGGAUUCGGGGACUUCAGCUCUUGGGAUUAA